AUGGGGCUAUCAAUGUCAACGCUUCUGAUAGAUCCCAAAGAUCUACUAUUGGAGAAAUCAGAUAACAAGAUUGAAAGUAUCCUGAACUGGUGUGGAUAUGAGACUGGAAAGGAACUUGGCAGAAACCUCCAGGGCAUCACCAAACCCAUCAGGCUAAAGAAGCAUGGUACUACUUUUGGUAUGGGAUAUGAAUAUACUUGGAAAGAGUUCGAUAAUUGGUCGCCACCAUGGCGUGGCCCCUACAAUCUGCUAAAGCAUCCGAUGCCUUGUUUGGAGCAGAAUUUCCAGUUGGCAGAUAUCAUAUAUGGGUCAGAAGAAGAAGAGGUGUUAGCUGCAAUGAGGAAUCUCUCACAAGCUGCCAACAGAUCCAACAAGUCCACCGAUAAAACAAAAGCUCAGGAAGUUCAAACCUGA